GGCUGCUCGGACCGUGGUGUGUGAUGAGGCUGUAGUAAGUCAGACGUAGAAGCGGAGCGGAGCGGACGAAACUAGACAGACGGGACGAAACAAAAGCGGCUCCGCGUUCAACGGGCACAGCGGACUUUUCCCGUCGGCGCCGCCACUUUGUGCACUUUGUGGAUUAGUUCACACGAAGAAGAAUGUGCCGUAGCGCGUCUGGUUAGGAGGAAGAGGAGCGCGAGCUGGACGCGCUGACCGGGCGCUGCCGCCACUCCGAGCCGCGUCUGCGCUCGUGUCUCGCCGCGUCUGCGCUCGUGUCUCGCCGCGUCUGCGCUCGUCUCUCGCCGCGUCUGCGCUCGUCUCUCGCCGCGUCUGCGCUCGUGUCUCGCCGCGUCUUCGCUCGUCUCUCGCCGCGUCUCCGCUCGUCUCUCGCCGCUCGCCGGUGCCAGCAGCGACUCGGGACUUCUGGAAGAGCGCGCCGGCGCGCGCGCGUGGAGAUGCUGGAGCCGAGCGUUGUGUCGCGCGGCUGCUGAGAUGCUGCCGGUGGAGUUGGAUGCAGUUUGCGGAGGUUUCAUCUCGUAGGCUGCGUUCGGACCCAAAGCGCUGAGCUGCUGCCGGAGCGCCCGUCCCCCGAAGCCCGAGCGACCGUCCACCUAUGAGCAGCCGCGGAGGAGGAUGGAGAGCCGCCUGACACCGGUUGUCCCGCUGCUCGUCUUUGCGCUCACAACUUUGGCAUAUGGCUCCCGGCCCCGGCUGGAGGACGCGCCCCCGCGGAUCAUAGAACACCCGUCCGAUCUGAUCGUGUCCAAGGGCGAGCCGGCCACGCUCAACUGCAAGGCCGAAGGGCGGCCCACGCCCACGGUGGAGUGGUACAAGGACGGCGAGCGCGUGGAGACCGACCGCGAGGACCCGCGCUCGCACCGGAUGCUGCUGCCCAGCGGCUCCCUCUUCUUCCUGCGCAUCGUCCACGGGAGGCGGAGCAAGCCGGACGAGGGCGUCUACGUGUGCGUGGCGCGCAACUACCUGGGCGAGGCGGUCAGUCGCAACGCGUCGCUGGAAGUGGCCAUUCUGAGGGAAGACUUCCGUCAGACUCCCAGCGACGUGGUGGUGGCAGCAGGGGAGCCAGCCGUCAUGGAGUGCAUUCCCCCCAGAGGACACCCUGAGCCCACCAUCUCCUGGAAGAGGAACAACAUCCGGGUCAAUGACAGGGACGAGAGGAUCACUAUCCGAGGAGGAAAGCUGAUGAUUUCCAACACCAGGAAGAGUGAUGCUGGCAUGUACGUAUGUGUGGGAACCAACAUGGUCGGGGAGAAAGACAGCGAUCCUGCUGAACUAGUGGUGUUUGAGAGGCCGGUUUUCACCAAGCAGCCGGUGAACCAGGUGGUGCUGGCCGACGACACCGUGGACUUUGUGUGCGAGGUGCACGGAGACCCGACUCCGACGGUCCGCUGGCGCAGAGAGGAGGGGGAGCUGCCGCGGGGCAGGUUCGAGAUCCGCAGCGACAGCAGCCUGCGUCUGAGCCAGGUUCGAGCCGAGGACGAGGGGACGUACACCUGCGUGUCUGAGAACAGCGUGGGGAAGGCGGAGGCGUCGGGGACGCUGCAGGUGCACGGCGACGGCCCAUUCAUGCCUCCCCAGAUCGUGAUCCGGCCGCGGGACCAGAUCACGACCCCGGGCCGCACCGUGACCUUCCUCUGUGGGACCAAAGGGAACCCCCCGCCGGCCGUCUUCUGGCAGAAAGAAGGCAGUCAGAUUCUGCUGUUCCCCGUCCAGGAGCCGUCGCAGUCGGGCCGCUUCUCGGUGUCGCUGAGUGGGGAGCUGACGGUCGCAGACGUCCGCGUUGAAGACUCUGGCUACUACAUCUGCCAGGCCAUCAGCGUGGCCGGCAGCAUCCUGACCAAAGCCCUGCUGGAGGUGGAAAGUGAGCCUUCAGACCGCGUCCCUCCCAUCAUCCGCCAGGGUCCUGCCAAUCACACUUUAGCUCCAGGUUCCACUGCUCAGCUGCACUGCCACAUCAUGGGCAACCCUGUUCCCAGCAUUCAGUGGGAGAAGGACGGCCAGAGGAUCCUGGGAAACGAUGGUCGCGUCAGCUUAAUGGAAAACGGCACCUUUCAGAUCACGCACCUCCAGGAAACAGACUCUGGGGUUUACACCUGUCUGGCUUCCAGCUCCAGUGGAGAGACGAGCUGGAGUGGAGUGCUCACCGUCAAAGAGAGCGCAGACACGGCGGAGGCUCAGGCCGCGGAGCCCUUCCAGCUGCCAGGUCCACCGCACAAACCCAUAGUCACCGAUGUGUCCAAGAACAGCGUUUCUCUGACCUGGCAACCCAACGCCCACGAGGGGGGAGCUGCUGUCACCUCCUACAUCAUCGAGGCCUUCAGCCAGUCAGCGGGCAGCACGUGGCAGACUGUGGCCGACGCGGUCCGGAUGGAGACGCACACGAUCACCGGCCUCUUCCACAACACCGUGUACCUGUUCAUCGUGCGAGCCGUCAACGCCUACGGCCUGAGCGACCCCAGCCCCAUCUCUGAGCCCGUGAGGACGCAGGAUGUGAGUCCGACGGGUCAGGGUGUGGACCACCGGCAGCUGCAGAGGGAGCUGGGGGAGGUGGCGGUCCAGCUUCAGGAGCCGGUGAUGCUGACGCCAGCUUCCAUCAGAAUAUCCUGGACCGUGGAUCGUCAGUCGCAGUACGUGCAGGGCUACCGCCUCUUCUACCGGCCCAGCGGCACCAGCUGGCUCCUCCAGGACAUCCACUCCCCCUCUGAGCGCAGCACUGUGCUCACCAGCCUCCUCAAGGGAACCCAGUACGAAAUCAAGAUCCGGCCCUAUUUUGAUGAGUUCCAGGGCAAGGACAGCCGAACGUUGCUGAUUCGAACCCUGGAAGACGCCCCCAGUGGCCCGCCUCGAGCUGUUACUGUGGCAACAGUGAAGCUUGGCAACAGCUCCAGCGUCAGCGUGUCCUGGGAGCCUCCGCCCAGCGAGGGGCCCGGCGGCGCCGUCCACGAGUACCGGGUGUGGUGUGUGGGCGUCAGCGGAGACAACCAGACGCGCUACCACAUCAACAGGACCGUGGAUGGCAGCACCUUGGCCACGGCGCUGAGAGGCCUCAUGCCCGGCGUCACCUACCAGGUGGAGGUGGCGGCGGUGACCGGCGCCGGCGUGGGCGCUCGAAGUCAGCCCGUGUCCGUCCUCAUCAAGCCGCCGGCCCAGCAGGCCCCGGCGCCAGGCGGGGGGGCCCCCGGCGAGGGGGGGGAGGAGGGCAGCGUGAGCCUGGCCGAGCAGAUCACAGAUGUGGUGAAGCAGCCGGCCUUCAUCGCGGGCAUCGGCGGCGCCUGCUGGGUCAUCCUCAUGGGCUUCAGCGUCUGGAUCUACUGCAGGCGCAAGAAGAGGAAGGAGAUGAGCCACUACACGGCCUCCUUCGCCUACACGCCGGCAGUGGGGUUCCCUCAUGGAGACGGAUCAGGGCUCAGCGCACGGCCUGGCGUCCUGGGGGGCAACUACCCGUGGCUGGCAGACUCCUGGCCCACCACCAACCUGGUCCACAGCAGCAAGGAGACGGGCAACUGCUGCUCGGCCAAUCACGACACAGCUGAGAGAUACUACAAUGAAGCCGGCAUCUCCAACUACCUGAACCAGACGGAGAAGUUCAGCAUGGGCGGCUCCACCGAAGGUCCCAUCUACAGCACCAUAGACGCCACCAGCGAAGACCUGCACAGCUUCGCCUACGCCCAGCACAGCUCCACCACUCCGUACGCCUCCACCUCCAUCAUGCCGCUGGGCAGCCAGGUGCAGGAGCAGCCGGAGCGGCUGUGGGCCAGCGAGCCGGGGCCGUCUGGAGCUCAGUACGCUCAGCCGGAGCGCUGCAGCGGUAAGCCCAAGCAGAAGAGCAUGGGAAAGGCUGUCAAGACCCCGUCCCUGACCUGGAUGGAGGCGCUGCCCCCCCCUCCCCCCAUCGGAGAGCUGGAACACGACCAGAGCCUGGAGCAUGAAGACGUGGACAUGGGCUCGGACGAGGAGUGGUGCCCCCCCCUCCCAGAGAGGACCUACCUGAUGGAGGGCUGCGAGGACGGGCCCUCGCUGCCGCAGAGCAACGCCGCCUCGUCCCCGGCCCCCUCCUACAGCCACCAGUCCACCGCCACGCUGACGCCCUCCCCCCACGAGGAGCCUCCAGCCCCCCACGACCUCCCCCGCCUCCCCCAGCCGGACCAGCAGGCGCCGCGCAGACGGGUGCCUUGUGGUCCGGUGCCGGUUCCACAGGCGCCGAGCCCGCCGCUCACCCAGUCCCACCAGCAGCACGGCCCGGCGGAGGCGGCAGCGCUGGACGGCCACAGCCCCGGCCUCCGCUGCGUCCACAGCCAGUCUCCAGCCCUGAGCGAAGGCGGCGGCGGCGCACACAGCCCCGCGCAAAGUCGCUCGCCAGCAGACACGUGCACCGCUCCCAACCAGAAAUCACGCAUGAAAAAGAAGGCGUCCAAGGGUUCAGCGUACAGAAGAGACAUACAGGGAGACCUGCCUCCACCCCCGGAGCCUCCUCCAGAAGAGGAGCGGUUGCAGGGGCCCCAGGCCUGCGUGGAGCCCAACGGCCCGUCCUCCCUGGAGAGGAGCGAGCGCUGCAACGGGAGCCACCAGCGGAGAGGCUCGGGGCCAAGAAAUGCCGACAGUGAGGAGAUGCUGCUGUACGGUGGGAAGGCCGGCUACCUCUCCAGAAGUCAAAUGUCUGGGAACUGCUCCACCACUGGGAGCUCCUCAUCCAGAGGCUCCACAGGUUCCCGGAGUCUCACCUCAGCCAGGAAACACGAGGAAAUGAGAUAAGAGGUCGAGGGCCUGUGUUGAUGCUUCCAUCCUCCACCACUUCUUCCUCCUGUGGACACAAUGAACUGAACUAGAGGAAGCGUUUCAAUAAACCAGACUCUAAUCAUCGCUGUGAAAGAACGAACAAAAACUUUCUAUCAUGUUACUUUGGUAUUUCUCUGAUUAUUUAUGAGCUGUCAGCUUCCUUCUUCUCCUUUGAUUUGUAAAUACCUGUGUCUGUACUGUUUUCCGUCGGCUCUGGAUACAGGGAAAGAGGCAAAUAAUGUAUUUAUGAGGAUAAAAAGAAAAACUCCCGCCUGAAGGGGAAAAGGCUGUUAUCAAACCUAGCGCUGGUGUCUUGAAUGUGCCAACCUUUUAGUCCAGAUGUAAACUUUUUUGGAGACGCAUUACCUACUGUUGCACUCGCUUGCUGUGAUGGCAACGCAACAGAAAACACGAAGCACAAUGUGUGUGUUGCUGGUCGAGAAAAGCCAAAACGAGCAGGUUCCCUCCAGGAAGGAUGGAACGCGAAGUCCUCCACGAAUGUCACACUUUUCUAUGUUUCCUUUUUCUGCAGCAGACAGGCUUCAUGAGAGUAUGAUUGUACCCCCCCCCCCCCCCCUUCCGUGUUCAUCUGAGAAGGCAGAUGUGAGAUAACAUUUGCGUAUACUCCGGAACAAAGAAGUUGUUUGUGGGCUGACAUUUUUUGUACUCUUGUUGUUUUGUAAAUGUACAAUAAAAUACAUUUGCUGAUC